AUGUUUCAGCAAGCUCCACAUUACCUGGACUCAUCAAAUACCCCAUUCAUUCAGUCUAUGAGAGAGAGGAAUACCGCAGCCAGAGGUAUUGACCAGUUCCUCGCGAAUUAUGAGCAGAGUUCUAUGUUGUCGGCUUCGGAUUCUGAUAGCCUUGAUGAUCUAGGCUUCAGGCUGGAAGAAUCUCCUUUCGCAUCUACAGAACCUUCAAGCGGAGCCUCAACGUCAGAUCUCUCAUCCUAUGUUUUUGGUCAGAACAAUGGGACCACGGCUUCUUCAUACUAUGCUCCUAUGCCGCCACCCAACUCGCCACAUCUCUGCCCUUCUCAACUGGAACAAUUCAACCACCUGAAUCCGUACCUAACCAGCAAUGCCGCUGCAGCGACCCUGUUCGGCCAACCGAUGUCGCCCGUUUGUUCCCUUACCGCCACCCCACAACCACAAUGCUCACGUGCGAACCAGCCGUUUAAUCGACGAUCGCUGAGCCAGGGCUCUACGCCUCUCCCUCAUAACCCAGCGUUCUGCCUGCUCCAAGAUCCACGUAGAAGGGCAGCAGCGCCUCAGGAUGAACAACACCAAGUGAGGCAGGCACCAGGUCAACUCAGAAAUCAUGCCGCAAAUAAGAGGGAAGUCAGGAGUAACCCACCGACCAGCGUACCGAUAGACCUGCACAUACUAGCAAUGGAAAGGGAGGAGGCGUUUAUUGGGACGCCACUUGGUCUGUCCAUGUCAGUCCCGGGAACACCGAUGAUGGGAACUACGACUCCGAUACAAAUCGCGGCAUAUGGACGCGGAAGCGCUCAACAGCAACAGCCCAGCUUUAGGCAUAUGAGCCCUGAGGAUCAAGCUAGGGAGAGUGGGAGAAUUAUUGAGAUCGGAGCGAUGGGUGUAUUGAGAAGUCAUUCAAGGCAAAGAGAAACGGUGUCUGAGAAUUGGAGGGAUCUGAGCCGAGUAUCCGGUGAUAGGAGUGAUGUUGUGGAUCUAGGGGGAGGUUUGGUGAACGAGAAAGGUGCAAGGGACCAGAAAGUUUGGAUCUUGAAACUGGUGGAUGAGGUGGAGCACCACCUUCGGCAAGAAGGGGGAUACCGAAUAUCAGGCCUUGAAGGUUGCGAUAUGAUUCGAGAAGCGCUGGGGAAGACCCUCAACCAGGGCGGAGAGGGCGUGAGAGGAGGAAGUGAGAUGGACCGUGUUAGUAUCAAAGAUCAUAAGAGCCCCUCGUCAUUGAUCACUCCAAGCGAAGUCUACACGGAUUACAAUGAUCUGUAUAUGGCACCUAGCGAAGAUGACAUGUUCAAAUGUUGA